AUGGGGUCACUCUUCAGCCUGCAAGUGCAGGAUGCCGCUACGCUGAGCAAGGAAGAGGUGUGGCAAUUGCGAAAGAAGCACUUCUGCCCUGCACAAAGCGUGUCAUAUUCCAAUACAGACCCGCUCCUUAUAGUUCGUGGCCAGGGCAGUUCUUUAUAUGACGAGGAAGGCAACGCGUACCUGGACACAAGAAACAAUGUGUGUCACGUGGGACACGGCCACCCGCGGGUGGCUAGUGCAGUCGCAGAGCAGGCUGCAUUGCUGAACACGAACACCAGGUAUUUGCAUCCGAACAUCUGCCUCCUGGCAAAGCGCUUGACCGAGACAUUCCCCGCAGGCAGUGGAUUGGAGGUUUGUUUCUUCGUCAACUCUGGUUCCGAGGCAAAUGAUUUGGCUGUUCGACUGGCAUUUGCACGUACGAGCUCCCGGAAUGUCAUUGUGGUCGACCAUGGGUACCAUGGCCACACUCAGCAGACGAUAGAGAUCAGUCCGUACAAGUUUGACCACAAAGGAGGCGAAGGUGCGAGGUCGAAUAUCCACAAGGUGCCUUGUCCAGAUACAUACCGGGGACCACAUCGCGGGUCGGAUGCAGCAGGGCAGUAUGCGGCAACAGUAGAAGCAGCGUGCAGAUCAGCCGGGGAUGUUGCAGCCUUUUUUGUUGAAUCAGGCAUGUCAGUAGGUGGCGUCAUUCUGCCACCUAAAGGUUACCUUGAAGCAGCUUACAAAGCUGUACGACAGGCAGGAGGCGUUUGUGUCGCUGAUGAGGUUCAGGUAGGCUUUGGGCGCUUUGGCGACUAUUUCUGGGCCUUCGAAGAGCAAGGUGUGGUACCGGAUAUUGUGACCAUGGGCAAACCGUUUGGGAAUGGCAUGCCUUUGGCUGCAGUGGUAACGACAAAGCAGAUAUCUGACGCGUUUCACAAUGGUCUCGAGUAUUUCAAUACUUUCGGAGGCAAUCCUGUGUGUUGCGCUGCUGGUUUGGCUGUAUUGGAUGUCAUCAAGGAGGAGGGGCUGCAAGACAACGCUGCGAAGGUUGGCAGGUACAUCUGCGAACAGGUGCGACAGCUCUCAGCAAAGCAUCCGCUAAUUGGUGAUGUCAGGGGCCGUGGCCUCUUCAUCGGGAUUGAGUUUGUUAGGGACCAAGAGAAAGAACCAGCAACUAUGGAGACCUCUGAGAUUUGCUCGCGAAUGAAGAGUGAGCACAGAAUAUUGAUGAGCAUUGACGGGCCGCAUGAUAACGUUCUCGUCAUCAAGCCACCAAUGUGCUUUUCCGUCGCUGAUGCAGACUGUAUGGUGCGUGCAAUGGACGAGAUUCUUUCCACACUUGUAGGUCCCAUUUCUGGUGUACAGCCGGAUGGUGAAAGGACCCUUGGCGUUCUGGGCGGUCAAGUCGCGAAAGCUCCCCUGAAAGAGCUCUUGUCCAAAUACCUCGAGCGAAGUGAGCCUCGAAGGACAAACUGCGCCCCGCUGAUGCUCAUGAUGUCCGCUUUCCGGGACAAAGUAACGAACGACAGGAGCCCACGGCUGCAUGUGUCGGUGUCGCUCAUGCUCCUGAUGGCGAUGCGGGCGAGCGCCCCCGAGUAUGUGUACUCAAGGAGUCCUGGUUCGGUGAACUCGGUGAGCCCUCCGGUGCAAGAGCCGCGAUCAUCGAGAGGAGCCCCCGAGCGUCCGCCAAUUCCACAGGCAUGGAUCUAUGGAAGCACUGGAGGCAGCCUACCUUGUGCCCAAAGCUGGCACCCUACUGGUAGACUGAUGCAUGGUCCGAUGCCUGCUGGCAGGAUGCUGCCACCUCAGUUGGCGUGGACCCGGCCUGGAACUCCCCGAACCGUGGCAGUGCCAGCUGCCUGUUAUCGGACGGCGGGGACGCCAGGGACGGCGGUGCCUCAGGCUGUGCGCCCUCAUGGCCCGAUCGUCGUUGUCAGAGAACUUUCGCCGGGCAGGCCCAUGGCCUGUGCAACGCAUGUAGCACCACGAGCGGUGUCGCCAGCGAUUCGCUCUGUUGCUUCAACUGUGCGGCCUGUUCAAGUGCCACAGGGACAGAUGUCUCCACCAGUGCUGCUGCGGCAACGAUCACUAUCUCCGUCUCCCAUUGUAAGGCCGCCUGCAGCUACCCCAGCAGGCCCCGGCCAGAUGGCUUGCCAGCCGACACCCAGAACGCAAAGCACGCAUCUGGGACAUGUUGCUGGGUGUGCAUCAGCUACCUCACCUCGCAGAGAGCGUUCAUUGUCUCCAGUGGGAUUACCACCAGUUCCGGUGCUGUCUGGCGUAGGGGCAGCAGUACCCGCGGAAGCGCACCUUGCGCGGAAGUGCAUAUCGCCACGUGGGGUGAUACUUCGCCAUGCAACGCCGCAUGCUCCAGCAGCUGUUUCCAAAGUGCAAACGCCCGUUCAAGUCCUGGUCACGCCUCGAAUGGUGCCACAGGUACCGUCUGGCAAAGGCCUAGCAACUCCAGGAGGCAUCCUGGAAGGCCUCCGAGCCGUUCCAACAUUUCCAAGGACAAUUCUGCACCCGCACGCUGGCAAAGCCGUUGUAGGGCCAGCCAGUGUCCGUCGAGCCGCUUCCCACGGCGCUGUGAAGGCUCCGAGGGCCAGCCCCGCGGUGCUUCCCCCGAAGCGGCCGGCCUCAGGUGUGGCCAAGGAGCUGCCCAGCGAGCAGACUACUGCUGCUGGACAACUUCCGCCAAGAGGGACACACACGGAAGCGGACACAGACCAGUUCUUCGCAGAUGGUGAGAAGCAGGAUACCUGGUUCCUCGCUUUCAAUUCAGCCCUGAACGAGACGGGGGCUGUGGAGGCAACCUGCCAACAACUCCUUGCGAGAUUGCAUUCGGGACCAUGUGUUCGUUGGGAGGAGCUCGUGAAGCUCAACCCAGAGGUCCAGCUCUUGCACGCUGCGUCCGAGGAGGGCCAAGCUGAUGGAAGCUGCCAAGGUUGGUGGCGAGCUCUUCUGGCAAGGCAUAGCCUCUAUGGCCCGGGCAACGCAAUCGGCGCCCCGGAGCUGACCGAGCUGGUGACAGAUGCUUUUCGUUUUCUGCGAGAUCGACAUGCACCAGAGGCGUUCUUGCGAAACCUUCGAACAGUACACUCCGGCUCGAAGCGCCUGAAGGAGCUCUAUGGCAGCUUUGAGUUUCAUGCACGCGGCAUGAUGGGGAAGAGUUACAGGUGUCGAAGCAGACUCACGCGCGAGGAACACAUUUGCAGACAGGUAUGCAAAGACAAAGUGUCCGCUCCCUCCGAUCUGGUCCGGGCGGAGGUUGAGAUGCUGAGAAGCCUCGAGCAUCCCAGUGUGCCCCAGGUGAUCGCUAGCUUUGAGGAUUUUAACAACAUCUACAUCGUGCUCGAGCCCGUAGAGAGCAUCGAGUUGGUGAACAUUUUGCAGCAGUGGCAUCAAAGUGGACAAGGAAUAAGUGUCGGCUGGCUAGCCGAGAUCGCCAGGCAGUUGUUGGAAGCGCUUAGGCACUGCCAUGAAAUGCGACCCCGUAGUGUGGUCCAUGGAGAUCUUCGUCUCACCAGUCUCCUCCUUUCUGCUGUAACGGAUGCUCGGACGGCGCCGCAGCUCAUCUUAGCAGACCUAAGCCUUGCAGGGCUGCCGCUCCCGCCACCUAAACUUGCCAGGUGCCCGGCUCCCUCAGCGGCAGAGCAUGCGGUCCCUGCUCCCGGUCGACUGGAGGACUGGAUGCAAAGCCCUAGCACGUUGCUGGAUGUGUGGUCCUGUGGGUGCUUGCUGUUCAUACUUCUUUCUGGUCGCCACCCCUUCAGCUGUGAUCUUGGUGGGCGAUUGGUGCCCAGCGCUGUUCUGGGAGCCCGAAGCGGUGUGCCCCCAGAGCCUGACUGGCGGCUGUUGCCGUCUGCCUCCUCGACAUCUCUCUGUGCGCAAAUGCUGUCGUGGGACGUAAAGGCCCGCCCCUCUGCGGCCGAAUGCCUACGGCAUUCAUGGCUUUCGGCAGAGGAUUCCGACAGUACUGCCCUGCCAAUGGAGGCCCUCGGCAAUCUGUUGAAGGCUCAUCACAAAUCCAAGCUGCAGGAGAUCACAGCUGGUCUAGCGAUUUCAGAGCAGAUCGCCAGCCCCUUCUCGGCUGUUGGUGCCUCGUUGGCUGUGAAGCACACCUUCGCUGAUUUGGCAGGUGAUGCAGCGGCUGGAACAAGUUGCUCAAGCCAGGAAGAGGCAGCAAGGGUUGCCACUGUCACAGCAUCAGAAGCCAGUGAUGCCCUGGCGAAGUUGGGGAUGUCUGACAAGGGUAUCGAGAAGGUCAUCAAAGCCUUCUCUGAUGAUACAGGCUCAGUCGACCACCAUCUUCUCAUCUCCCACUGCACCGAGUUGGCCGAGGAUCUGCUGGAUCACGCGCUCUGGCGCGUAUUCACAGCGGCCGGCGAAGACCACAGGGGAGUUCUCGGUGCUGCAGAGCUGGAGAAGGCUUUAGCAGAAAGCGCUGGUGAAGGCGGCGGAGCUGACAGGGCAGGUGGUGGCGAACCAGACUCUCAGGGGCCCUUCGGCUCCGAGAUGAAAGCCAGUGACAUUGUGCGACAGGUGGCAUGCGGCCGGCAACAGGUCACUUUCGAGGAACUUCGAGCAGCUGUCAUACAGCGCCAAUCACAGGCAGAUUCGCGAAUGGAGUGA